CAACAUCAUUGGUUGAGAGUUCGUCCAAACUCGAGAUUCAUUGAAUGACAUAUAUUGUAUAAGACAAAAAAAAUUGAGUAUCGUUAUUGACAAAUCUUGACAUAAGAUUCUAUAUGGGACGUGAUAUAUCUUUGUGACAUGAUUCAUGAUCAGUGAAUCGAAGCAUCAUAAGUGAAUGUGCUAAGUAUUGAGAAUUUUUAAUUUAUAGACGCACCGCAUACUCACCAAUGAAUGCAUGAAUGCAAAUGUAAAAAAUUUAGAAGAUCCAAAAUAGUUUAAACAUAUAGAUAAAUUAAUUAAUGUAAAUGUUAAAUUAAACUCACCGGCCAACGGGCCGGGUAAAAGCUAGUGUAUCAUAUAUUGCUGUUCAGUUCAUGUAUGGGUCAAGUGAACACCUUUUAUGCAUCUCAUUAAUAUGGAACCAAUUCUUUUUAUUAGAGUCAUUAUCUAUUGCAUUAAGGGGCACUAUAAAAUUCAGUUGCAGUACUGAGCAAGAGUUGGAACAAGGACUCUACUUCUUGGUCUGUACAACACUUCCUCCACAAAGAGGUAUGGUUAGAAUUAUCAUUUCUAAUCAAUGGUUCACCUUUUGCUGUUUGUGUUGUCUUCAAAUAAAAACUAAACCCCCCCCCCCCCCCUAAAUGGUUUCUGAGAACUUAACAAUUGGUCAUUAGAACGCAUUUUUAUGGAUCUUUAAUAUGAAAGUCUAGCAACCAUUCGAGAGUUAGAGUAGGUUUCCAUUAAGGAACCAGCCAGAGAAUAAAUUUAGGACACAUGUAUACAUGCUAAUAUGCUAUGUGUAACUUGGCGGUGAAAGUUCUUCAUAUGAAUUAUAAUAGCGUUGUGUUUGCAUGAUGGUCCAAAUUAUUAGACCUUCUAUCAAGCUAAGAGCCAGGAACCCAUGAAUAGGAUUAGUGGUAAUAAUUGAUUAUAGACCUUAUAACUAGACAGAUGUAAGACCAAGUCUGCACCAACUAAUUACUCUUAGGUUAUUAAUCAGGUUCAUUCUUUCCUUUAUGCAUUGUAAGUGGAGAACUUUGAUCAAAUAGUUUUCAAAUUCUGUAGUUGAACUGUUUUCAUUUUCUGAUUUCUAUAUCUGCAGAAUCAUAAUUGAUGAGCUGCUGAAAAGGGUAGAAUCAUGCUCUAAAUUGUGUUUUAAUUGGUUUGAACAACUUAGUUGUAGAUGUAAUUGUUUGUUGUUUUGGUCAACUAUAGCUUUGGAAAAGUUAAUACAGGUGGAACUAAUUAACAACAUUACUUCAACAACGUUGGCUAGAAAGGUUUAUAAAGGUGAUAUCACUUGAUUCACUUAUAUGUUUUGAUUAGGCAGCAAAAUAGACCAUUUCAUUUAUUGGAGUUAUUCACCUCAUUACUAGGUUGGUAGCAAAGUAACAGGCUACUUGAUAAUUGAUCCUUCAUCGGUUACCAAAGUCUCAAGAUAGCUAAGGUUAAGUUAUAUCUAUACUUGAUUAUUGACCCCAUGUAUGUAUUUGCAACAGAUUGGCAGGUCCCCCUGUUUCGUGAUGGGUUUAUGUCGGAGCAUGGAGUAGAGUUGGUAACUUGCACGGACAGUGCAAUCAGCGACAGAGCAACCUCUGUUGAAUUCAGCCAACCGGACCUUUGCCUCCGAACCCUUCAAUUCUAUCUUCUCUUUGGCUCUUUUCCGCCAUGACAAUUGUCGUGGGGGUGGCUUGUUGUAGCUUCUGCGCAAAUACUCCCAAUUUCAACUCUUUGCAUCUUACAAAUGAAGAACAAUGGAUGGUACGAGUCACAGAAAAGGAAGUCGAUCGCCUGAUUAUGUAGCCGGUGAGCAAGGAUGAAUACUGGAUUUGGUGGGUGAAGCCUCCAAAUUCUAGGUGAUAAACAAAAAUACCUCAAGCCUCCAAGUUCAACGUGUCUAUAUUGUGUAAUUGGGAUGGAAUUCCAUUUGUUUAUUUAAUGGUUGGACUAUGAUUUCGAUGAUCUAUGACAUUUUCCACUUGAAAUUUGGUCUUGCUUUGCAUGAGUAUCUUCUGUUUAUUAGAUGAUUGGUUGUUGCUUCAAUUUGAAACAUGAUGAAAACUUAAACUAUGAUGCCUCUUGCAAUUGCAAGCUUUAUAUGCUAUAAUUUGGACUAAAAGAACCAGAUUUGAUAGUCCAUAUCUAAAUACCGUCGCAGAGCACGGGUCAUUUUUCUAGUGAUAAAUAAAUCCCUAAACCCACUUCAAAGGAAGCAUUAAACAUACAUCACAAUGAUCAGGAAGCAGUUGGUCGUCCAAAAUAGUACAACAGCAGCCAUAGUUUUAGCGGCCAUAAUAGCAACAAUGGCACGACCCUCAAUCGGCCAGACGCAGGCGAUUGAAGUUAUCAACAAGCUGAGCAGCAAGGUGUUGAUAGUGCAUUGCCAAUCGAAAGACGACGAUAUGGGUGCUCAUGGCAUUUCCAUUAAUGAGAGCAUCAGCUGGCAGUUCGAGCUGGACAGCUUUCGUGCGACCCUUUUCUGGUGCAACCUCGUGGUAGAAGAUAAGCGUCUUUCUUUCGAUGCGUACGAUGAAGAUAGGCACAGGAAUUUCUACAUUUCCGUAUGGGAUAUCUCUGGCGAAGGGCUUUUCUGGAGGUACGUGUCUAGUGGAAUUAUUCCAUAAGGGGAUAGUUCUCUAAAUACACAUACAAGUAAAACAAAUUCCUAAACUACCACAUUUAUAAAAAAAAAAUCGCAAAAUACCUAAGUUUGGAGUGGUUCGAGUUUGAGGAACUCGAACUACUAACCGGUUCGAGUGUAGUAGACUCGAUCUAGUCGCAGAUCGAUGAUAUAAGUCUCGAACCAUGUGGGGCUGAAAACCUUAACUUUAUGCUCGGUUAUCCGAUCGUAACAAACUUUUUUUCAUUUCGCAUAACUUUUCGAGGACUACAACUUUUAUAAUAGAAAUAUUUUCAGAAUAUAUGUGAAAAUGUGAAAAUUAAGUAAACCUAUCUGUUAUACUUCUAUACUAAGUUCAGGAGUCAAGAACUCUCUUCAUAUGAGAUCUAGCUGGCUGAGCACCAUACAGUCUCAAACAACGCUCACGCCAAACACAACUUAAUGCAACACACCAGCUAAAUCUGCAAGCUUUGGACUGAGCAGUCGCCCCCCACCCCCUCCCCCCAUUGCUUAACGCACCAGUCUACCAAAGCCUCCCAAGUAUGAAUAUAAGGAGGAGCACUCUUCUUCAAACACUCCUGCAAUACACAGCUUGUAUAUGAACUAAACAAUGCAUGAGCAUGUGAGUUUUACUUUCCACACCACCUGGGCAUAACAAACAUAAUCUUGUAACAGGUUUCCCCCAACGAAUUAGCUUAUCCUGAGUUGUUAAGCGAUCAUGCAUAGCUAACAUACAAUGAAUCCAUGACGAGGAAUAAUUUCCUUUCCCCAAAUCAGUUUUGCUCAAGGCACCUCUAGACUAUGUUGCCUGAUAGAUUGCCACACUCUAGUAACUGAAUACCUGUCCAUCCAUUCUCCUUGCCACAGAAUAUCCGGCAUCACACCUAUAAUAUAUUAAGCCAGACUUCUACACUUCAAAAUCCUUUUUCCAUAUCCACAUUCCUGCAGAACUGGGAGCAAUAUUCCAGAUAACCUGCUGCUUUAACCGAUAUCUAGUCACCCAAGCUACCUAGAGUGAGCCUCCAUUCGUUAAAAUAUCCCAAAUGUGCCUUAAUAUACAUGCCUUGUUCCAGAUUCCAAAGUUUUUAAUCCCCAGACCACCCUCCUACUUUGGUUUUGCCAACUUAUCCCAAGCCAUGACAGCUUUUUUCCAUGCACCAUCCGCAUGAGUUCCAUAGAAACUCAUUGCAAAGUUUCUCCACUUCCUUGAGCACAAACUUAGGUAGCAUAAACAAAUUAAGCCAGUACUGCAAAGUACUUGAAAUGAUUGUAGAUACAAGUUGAAUCUUGCGAGCAUAGCUAAGAGAUUUUGUUCUCCAACUCCUCAAUUUCUGAGUAAUGUGAUCAAUCAAAACUUGGCAGUCUUUACGAGAGAGUUUACUUGUGAGCUCAGGGACUCCCAAAUAUUUUACAGGUAAAGUACCAAGGGGAAACUCAAAAUACGACGAUAUCCACUCUUUGCCCUCUUGAGAAAUCCCUGCACAGAAUAGUUCACACUUUGUAGGGAUGCAUCUUAAGCCAGAAAUAUAAUAGAAUUUGUCCAUCAAACGUUUGAUUCCAGCCACCCCACAGAUUGAACCAUUAGUAAACAUUAUCAGAUCAUCAGCAAAGCACAAGUGGGUUAUUUGAAGUGGUUUACACCUUUGAUGAAAUGGAAUCUGGUUAUCAGCUACAUCUUGCUUCACUAAACAGUCUAGAACUUCCAUAGCUAUGACAAACAAAUAUGGAGACAAAGGAUCCUCUUGCCUGAGGCCUUUACGAGCUGUAAAUUUCCCACAUAAGCCACCAUUCAUAGCCACCCGAAUUAGAGGAGUAGAGACACAGGCUCUUAUCAACUUCAUAUAACCAGCAAGGAAUUCCAUAGAAGUCAUAACAUUGAAUAGAAAACCCCAAUCAACUGAAUCAAAAGCAUUCAUGAGAUCAAUUUUUAAAGCACAUCUAGGGGUAAUGACUAUUUUGUGGUAAUUCCUCACUAACUCAGAUACUAAUAAUAUGUUAUCACUAAUAGCUCUCCCCUGAAUAAAUGCAUAAUGAGAUUUACUAAUUAGAUUAGGCAGAACUUUGGCCAUUUUCUUUACUAGCAACUUAGAAAUCCCUUUAUACAAGAUAUUGCAACAAUAUAUGGGUCUAUAAUCUUUCAUAUACUCAGCACAGGGUAUCUUAGCAACUAAGGCAAAAAUUAUAGAGUUCACUAUAGAAGCCAAGUGACCAAUAGAGAAAAAGCUCAGAAUUACCUCUUCGACCUCCUUACCAAUGAUAUCCCAGUGAGCAUUGUAGAACUCUACGGGAAAACCAUCAGGUCCAGGAGCCUUGCCCUUACCCAUAUUAGAGAAAACUUUCCUAAUUUACCCCCUUGAUACACCCUUCAUAAGCUCUGCACAAUUUGUUGUACUUAAUCUGUGCUGGAUAAUUCUCUUGAAGUAAUCCAUUGGCAUUUGCUAAACUUUAGGAUCAGCCGAUCUAAUAAGUUUAGCAUAGAAAUCAACAGCAAUCGAUCCAAUACCCUUGACAUCAGUCACCAUAUUCCCUUGAGUAUCAUUUAAUCUUGUUAUCUGCUGCUUCUGCAUUCUAAUUGUAACAAACCUAUGGAAGAAGGGAGUGUUGGAGUCCCCUUCCUGGAUAUACUGAACUCUGGACUUUUUCUUACAAAAUAAUUCAUCAGCUUUCUUCAAAAGACCAAAAAAUAAGGAACAUUUGAGGGCAGCCAAUCAGAAUAGAAACCAAUAUCACUUUCCUCCCAAUAUAGCUUAAAGCAUUUG